CUAUCGGGCGGAGGUAAAGAUGAUCAACAACGGUGAACGGGAGUUCCCUGGCGAGGGCUGGGAGAUGUUCUUUAGUCAGAUUCUUCCAUUAGAGAGCAGCCACAUUCCGUACGACAACGGCUAUGAGAAGAGAGAGUACGGCAUCAAGGUCUUCCACUGGAACGGUCAGAUGUACAGCCUGACCCCGACCCCAGAUUUUGGGGUCAUCCCCCCUCAGGGGGUCAAACGCUUCCUGCUGGAGACGGCUUGUUGUAAUCUGGCGUACACGGAUACUUUCCCUAACUGGUAUUUACACUUUGAAGGAUUCGAACCCAGGAUAAUCGCCAACACAGCCGGAGACCCGUACAACUUUGUGUUCCGUGCCAACAACAACAUGACGUGGAAGCGGUACCUAACAGAUCGCUACAACCCCUGGUCGGCAGAGGACCGGCUGAAAAAUGCGACGAAAAAUUUGGGGAUGGCUCCACUACCCAUCAUUCCAACGUAA